AUGUAUUUACAUGAUUGUAAUCCAAUGAAAUGGAUGUUUUAUACAACAAGAUGGCCUUCUUUUCUUGUUCCAGGUAGAAUGUUAACUGAAAAUUUCUUAAAACCUAAUUGGGCAUUACCAUUUCGUCGUGCUUCAACUAAACAACUGUUUGACGAUAUAAAUCGUUAUAUACUGAGUGUUAAAUGGGCUCAUUCAAGUCAAAUAUUUAUCAUUGACCCCUUGGCCUUAUCACCAUUUUCUCCGAUAGCUCUUCGUAUUAUCUAUGAUCAUAACGAACCUCAAAAUGAGAAAUGGAUAUACGUCUCUGAAUGGUUAUCACCUUGGCAUUCAAGUACAUUUUUCCAACCGAACAACGAGGCAGAUUUCCCGGAAUUUCAAUCUUCUGUUGGUUAG